AAGGAAUAUUGGUUUCUGCGGAAGUGGAGUCUCUUUUCGGUUGCUAUGAGAGUGAAUCAGCAUCAUGGAUGGUUCAGUGUCUAAUGUGGAGAUCUGUAACCUGGCCUACACAGGGGAGCUGGAGCAGCUUAAGACGCUUGUCCUGUCAAAUAAGAGUUUGGCUACCAUAACUGAUCAAGAUAAUAGGACAGUGUUGCAUUGGUCAUGUUCAGCCGGGCACAAAGACAUUGUAGACUUUCUGUUAAGUCUCGGAGUACCUGUAGAUCCUAAAGAUGAUGUUGGCUGGACACCCCUGCACAUUGCUGCAUCGGCAGGUCGAGAGGAAAUCGUAAAAGUGCUGAUUGGUAAAGGAGCACAAGUCAACGCUAUCAAUCAGAAUGGUUGCUCGCCACUGCAUUAUGCUGCAUCUCGAAACCGUUAUGAGAUUGCUUGGAUGUUAUUAGAUAAUGGAGAAAGGAAGAAACUUCUCUUAAUAUAAAAGAGUUAAUUACCA